UUAUAAAUGACAAGGUGACAGGGGAGGCCGGUUUAUUCAGCCGCUGCUGCGUCGCUUGUAGCGUGUCCCUGCUUCCCAACCUGUGAGAGCGCCGCAAAAAACCCCGGCCUUCAGGAUGUACACCUGUGCUAAGUUUGUCACCUCACCUGCUGUGUUGCGCAGUGGCUCCAGACUCCUGGCCCGGCCCCUCUCGGUGUCCGUGUUCAGCAGGCCUGAUACCGCGAGCGAGCAGCCCCUAUUGCCCCACAGCAGGGUGACGGGUCUCCAGGUUGUCUCCCGGUGGUUCCAGACCAGCGCGGUGUCCCGGGACAUUGACACCGCUGCCAAGUUCAUCGGCGCCGGAGCCGCCACUGUGGGCGUGGCGGGAUCCGGCGCGGGGAUCGGCACAGUGUUCGGCAGCCUGAUCAUCGGCUAUGCCAGGAACCCCUCCCUGAAGCAGCAGCUCUUCUCCUACGCCAUCCUGGGCUUCGCCCUGUCAGAGGCCAUGGGGCUCUUCUGUCUGAUGGUGGCUUUCCUCAUCCUCUUUGCUAUGUAAAUUUUUUUUUCUCCCCUCUCUGCUCCCGGUUUUUUUUGCGUGCUCCCUUGGGAAGGGGGUGGGGGGCUGGGGGGGACUCGCCAGGUGUCUCCCUACUACCCCCGCUGCCCCAAAACCAUCCUCCUGGGGGGGUCAGGCUCAGACGUGCAGCUGGUGAGGCCGUGACAUCGCCAUUCCAAUCGUACUGAAAUGAAACUGAUUCUACCUUGUUUUUUUUUCAACAUUUUAUGUGAGAUCUCAUCAACAUUUAGGCAAAAUUUGUCUAAAUAAAUAGUUGGGAAAACCUAA